GUUGCCCUAAAUCAGCAGGUGACUUGAAAGCACAUGCAGAGGGCUUAAAUACAUCAAAGGUACCAGAUCCCAUCUGAUCUUGGAAGCUAAGCCUUGACUGGUUCUUGGAUGGGAGACCGCCAAAUAAUACCAAGCUAUAUUGCAAAAGAAGGAACUGGCAAAACCACCUCUAAGGAUUGCCUAAGAAAACCCUGUGAAAUUCAAGCUGACAGAAGACCUGCACCCACUGAACUCAAGGGGGAUUUGCUCUGAGCACUACACCUGUGGAGGGCUGGGAAUAAGGGAAGCAUGGCAGCAAUAGCCCUGGUCCAGGGCGCCAGCCGAGGACUCGGCCUGCAAUUCUGCAAACACAUUUUAACUUCUUCGAAAGAGGCCACGGUGAUUGCCACUUGCAGGAGACCUGCCCAGGCUGGAGCUUUGCAAGCCUUGCUGGCGGAGUUUCCUCAGAACUUGGCUCUCUACCAACUGGACACCAUGCAGGAGGCCGAGGUCCAACAAGCCGCUGAGGCAGUGGCCAAAGACUAUGGACGGUUGGACCUUCUUCUCAAUUGUGGAGCCAUGUUGCAUCCGAGCGGCCGAGGAGAGACCAGCUUGCGUGAUGUCUCUGCAGAGGGCCUUUCUAUAACACUGGCAACAAACUCUAUAGGCCCCUUAUUGGUGGCUAAACAUUUUGCUCCAUUGCUGCUGAAUGGAACAGGAGCAUUUGGACGACAGAAUAUUGAUCCAGACAAAAAGCAUCAGGCUCUCCUUGUGAACAUGACAGCCAAAGUUGGCUCCAUAGGAGAUAAUGUCUUAGGUGGAUGGUAUAGCUACCGGAUGUCUAAAGCAGCUUUGAAUAUGGCCAUGAAGAAUCUCAGCAUUGAACUCAGGAGGGGAAAAGCUAAAGUAGUGUGUGUUUCCUUGCAUCCAGGGACUGUGGACACUGAUCUAUCCAAACCUUACCAUAAGAAUGUGCCCAAGGGCAAGCUCUUUUCUCCAGAAUACUCUGUUAAUUGUCUCAUGCAUAUUAUAGACAAUCUUGAUAUGGAGCAAACAGGGAAGUUUUUUGCUUGGGAUGGUUCAGAACUACCAUGGUAAUUAAGUCUCCCUUAUCCAGAAUUCCAAAAUCAAAAUACUCUCCAAACCAAAACAUUUUUCAUGGGUGACUGAGAUUAUUAUUAUUAUUAUUAUUAUUAUUAUUAUUAUUAUUAUUAUU